AUGGCAGCCGAUACCGAGAAAGCAAAACAAUUCUGCAACUGGAGGCCGUGGCAGGUCCACCCAGUUUUCCUGUUGCCCCUUAUCCUCUGCGCUGGAGCUAUCGCAAUAGUUCUCGAAGUCCUGGCUGAACAAGGGAACAGAAUAUUCACACCCCGUCAGCUGCUGUCUGAAUGGACAACGUGGUAUUGUCAUCAUUCUGACUACAACGACUGCCACUACAUCGUACAACGCGACACGCCCGUUUUCAGCAACACUCCGCCCAAACAAGGGUUUCUUACUUUUUUCACCCCAGACUCCCUCCCCACGUCUUCCUACUUCCUCUGGAUCUAUUUCCCAAGUAUUAUCGCCGUAUUAUAUGCGAUAUUCUGGGAAAUCGUCGACAAUGAGGUUAAGCGCAUCGAGACUUUUUAUCAAGCCUCCUCACAACCUACCGGCGCAAAUGCUUCGACCACCAUCUUCAGCGAAUAUAUCAGUCUGCCGCCUUUCCUCUCGCCCUUCCAGGCUUUCCGCUGGCGUCAGUGGGCCGUCCUACUAUCCUCUUCAAUUUAUGUCCUUGUUGGAGUGGUGACGCCGAUUUUGCAAUCUCAGAUGUUCCAAAUUCAAUCGCAAGUAAUGCAAGUUGGGUAUAUGUACGGCAACGGAGAUUUUCACCCCAUUACAGAGGAGAAAUUUCCAGACGCAGAUUAUGGGUCGCUUGUGGGCGUUCUCUGGGAUGAUCCUUCGGAUUAUCGGUUUCCAGAUGUUUAUGAGGCUUCCAAAGUUGGGCUACUGAGAAAUAUGGUUUAUCUUGACCCGCUCAUGGCAAGGAUCCAAGUGGUCGUUCUGCUGGCUGUUGCGGUGCUGGGAGCAAUCCUGGCUUGGAUACUAUGGAAACGACCUAGCGGGAUGCCCGGUCCGCUGAAGGGCUUGGGUGCGAUGACAAGCCUUGCAAGUGCUGAUACAGAAUUUCUUAGAGGAAUAUUUGGAUUGUUGGAAACAGGCACUCAAGGGACAAGGACGUCGCUGCAGGACCCCAGGAAACUGAAGGUUCACUUAGGUUGGAGGGCAGCCGCCGGUGGACCAGUGUAUGGGUUUUCCUGGACGGACAGCACUGGCCCGGAUACAGUGCAGGCCCAGCUGAGGGAAAGAAAUAGAAAUGGAGGGCUUAUCCAAACGAUAAAAAGGAAGAUUUCGCGAGCAAUCCUCAUUCGAUGGACUGUGAACCUCAGCUACCUGGCUUGCGGCCUGCUUCUAGCACUAAUUAUUUCUGGUCUCCUCGACGGGACAGGUUCGGAUAAGACAACCGCUCUGGACACAACAGUCAACCAAGGAACGCAGAACAAUAUCGGGUUCUCAGUUUCAAUCCUCGUCCUAAGUGUCGUUAUGAAGAGCACAUGGAAAGCAGUCGAACAUGAAGUCAUUGCAUUCACGCCCUUCCGUGCCCUUGCGAUGUCACCUCGAUCUGCAUGGCCGGUUAUGGCUCGGGACUAUAGCUCAACCCCGCCCGUUGCAAUUUCGAUACUUGCAUUUUGGGACAACGAGGAACUCCUGGGUAUCGUGACAUUGGCUUCAUUCCUGCUGGAGGUUGCGCUUAUCUGUUUCGGUAUCAGCGCCUCGAUGACACAACAAGGCCAGGGAUACAUCAAAGAUGACUUUUAUAACACUAUGUGGACCGGUUUUGGUUUUUGUGCCGCCGCCCUUUUCCUUAUGGCCGGCUCAAGACGGACGGUCUUUGUUGUGCGACCUCCUGUACAACGCGAUCCUUUCAAUAUUGGGAUGCAGCUGUCGUACUUCUGUUACAGCAAACGGCUUGUAAACGAUAUGAAGCCCGUAGCCGGGUUGCGGACUUCCAAAGAGCUGCAGAAUUAUCUUCAACAGCUCAAUGCUGUUUGUCGUCUUGGUUGGAUCCCAACUCCCACGGAGUCGGCCACGCCUGGUGAACGCACUACUUCAGAUCGUGUUCAAGUGAUCGAAAGAGUCCAUUGA